AUGACCAACAAAAGGGUGUCGCUUCCUUGUCGCCCGAGGACGACAUUAAGCCCAAUGGUGGGGGUGAGGGUGAGGUCCCGCAGAGUCACGUUGAGCCUUAAAGACAACUUCUUUCGGUCUGCGCCUGCAGUCAAGGAAGAGCCCAAGGCUCCCAGAUGGCGACGUGAGUUCACGCACGAGUGCCAUCAAUUUCGCUUUGAUGGACAUUGCCCCCGAGGCGCGUCUUGUGAUCUCUUCCAUUUCGUGCCAUGGGAACUGCCAGGAAAAGAGUACACGGAUCAUCCUGUGGACCUCUUCUUCGCCAACUUCAAAGGGUUUGAUCAUCAGCGAUCCAAGCCCUUUUAUGACGAGUUCGAUCGCAUGUGCGAUCACUUCGGCUGGUCUGAUGCCGAGGCCACUGAGCCCUGGUAUAACUUCCGCAUCGCUCUUAUACAAGAGUUCACCUACGUCUUUGGAGAGAACGACCGCAAUCUGUUGAAUUGGCAGAAGAUGUUCAAAACCAUCGGCUUGCCUGAGCCAACUUCUCUCAGCGAAGCAUACACAGUUAUGCGUCCAAUCCGUGUCAACCUCAUAGACAUGCUUGAGUCAAGUCGCACCGGCGAGCCAGUCCAACGCUUCAAAGCUCUAAAGGAUCUUAGCCACUAUUCAUAUGAACAAAACAAAAAUUUCCCCAGACCUCCUAGGUCUCCCAGACGCAAACGCAAGGAUCCCAAGCCUAAGACGUACUCAAGCGGUCUCUUGAAGAUGAUGCUUCGCGAGAUCUCGUUCCAAAACCAAUAUCUGGGGACCAGGCUCGGGGGCACCGAGCUGGGCCUGGAUGAUGGAGAUUCUGUAUCUGAAUCGCGUUAA